AUGACAGUGCACAUUGUGUCCUUUGUGUUAAAUCAGCUCUCAGUUUUGCUCCGAGACGAGGCAAAAUUAUUGGGCGGGCUUGCGCAAGAGAUCCAGCUCAUCAUGGAUGAACUGGGGCAUAUGAAAGCUUUCUUAAAAUUUGCAGAAGCUAAAGAAGAAGAUGAUCCAAGACUUGAAGAGUGGGUUAUGCAAGUGCAGGACGUUGCUUACGAUGUUCAGGACAUUGUUGAAGAAUUUAUGCUCCGGUUUGGUUGCAAUCACGGACAUGGGUUUCAUGGUCAUGCUCGAAAGAUAAUCACCUCAGUAGGGAUUGCUUUUGAGGUACAAAGCAUCAGGUCCCGAAUCACGGGUAUUUCUGAAGGUCACAAGAGAUACCAAUCUGAAUAUGGUACCUAUGGCAACGUCUCAGCUUCUGAUCCUGGGAACAAUUCGUGGCAAUGUAAUAGAGAUGAGGCCCUUCUUGUGGAAGAAGCAAAGUUGGUGGGCAUUGACUCCCCCAAGCAGCAACUCAUUUGUCAACUCCUUGACGGCUGUUCUGAGCUCAAAGUUGUUUCAGUUUUAGGCAUGGGAGGGAUUGGGAAAACUACACUGGUGAAAAAGGUCCAAGAAGAUGCAAAUGUCAAAAGACAGUUCGAGAUCCUUGCCUGGGCAACUGUCUCACAAACCUGUUAUAUGGAGGAGUUUCUCAAAGACCUGAUUCAACAAUUAUACCAAGGAACAGGGAAACCUGUUCCUCAAGAAGCUGCCUCCAUGAAUAAUACUGAUAGGCUAAAAGCAAUUGUCAAAGAUUUCCUCAGAGUAAAGAGGUAUCUAAUAGUGUUUGAUGAUGUCUGGGAUGUGAGAUUCUGGGAUGUCAUCAAAUUUGCAUUACCUGAAGGUUGUUGUGGUAGUCGCGUAAUGCUCACUACACGAAUAGCUGAUGUAGCUUAUGCCUCUGAUGUAGAAUUUCAUAGCUAUGUCCACAGAAUGCAGCCCUUGUCAUCUGAAGCGUCUUGGAAUCUGUUCUGUAAGAAGACAUUCAAGAACAGUAGCUGCCCUGACUGUCUAAAAGAUGUCGCAAAACGCAUAUUGAGAAAAUGUGAGGGAUUACCACUUGCCAUUGUUGCAAUUGGCGGAGUUUUGGCUUUGAAAGACAAAAGCAAAGUAGAUGAAUGGAAGAUAGUUGAACGUAGCCUACUGGAUUGUAGUGAUAAGCUGGAUAGAGUUGAAAAAAUACUCUCUCUUAGCUAUCAUGAUCUGCCCUACCAUCUCAGGACCUGUUUUUUGUAUGCAAGUAUUUUCCCUGAGGAUUAUCAAAUAGAAGAGGCACGAUUAAUUCGAUUAUGGAUUGCAGAAGGAUUCAUACAAGGGAGGACAAGGAUGAGUCAAUAUGAAGUGGCUCGAGCCUACCUAAGUGAGCUUACCAAUAGAAGCUUAAUCCAACAGAGAGAUGAUUCUUAUGAUGGCAGCACCAGAGCCUAUCAUAUCCAUGACCUUUUCCGAGAAAUUAUUGUCUCCAAGUCAAGCAAACAACAAUUUGCAACCACAGCCACGGGAGAACUGACAAGUUGGCCUAAGAAGGUUCGACGCCUAGUGAUUCAUGAUUUCACUGGCCACACACAUCGAAGCAUUUGUUUUAAGUAUCUGCGCUCUUUGGUAACCUUCAAAUCAUCGGAACCUUCGUCCAAAUCCUUGCUGUCCAAGCUCUUACGUGGUGGUUGUAGGCUACUGAAGGUAUUAGAUUUGGAAGGUGCAGAAUUGGAGGAAUUGCCAGACGAAAUCUUCAAGCUGUAUCAUCUCAAGUUUUUGAGCCUAAAACACACAAGAGUUAAAAUCAUUCCAAAGUCCAUUGGACGUCUCCGGAAUCUGGAGUAUCUGGAUCUAUCUUUCACUGCUGUAAGUGAGUUACCUGAGGAAAUGCUACAUAUAAGAGGACUCCUCCAUCUCGUGGCAUAUGCAUUUCAACAAGUUACGUACAAAUACGACAUCAACGGAUUUAAAGCUCCAAACAACAUUGGGAGGCUUCUUUCUCUGGAGUGGUUAUUUUACAUAGAAGCGAAUGACACAUCAAUGAUGAGAGAGAUAGGAGAGCUUAAGCAAUUGAGGAGGCUAGGCAUUACAAGUCUAAGAAGAGAAAAUGGAAAGGAGCUCUGCUCCUCUCUUGGGAGGCUCUCCAAUCUUGAGCAACUAUAUGUUCAAGUAUCACAUAAGGAUGAGGUAAUUGAUCUAAAUUACAUGAACAGCUCCUUGAGUUCAAGUCUUGAAAAUCUUCAAAUGUUAUGCUUGAGGGGCCGUUUAGAAAAGGUACCCAAAUUUAUAUGUUCUUUACAAGGCUUGACCUCAAUAGAGUUGCUCUGGAGCGACUUAAUUGAUGAUCCACUUGAAUCCCUUCAGCAUUUGCCAAAUCUGCAAACAAUGGAUCUGAAUGAGGCAUACCAAGGAGAGGUUUUGUGUUUCAAGGCUGGAAGCUUUCCGAAGCUUGAGCAGUUAAACAUUCUUGCUUUAAGCGGUUUGAGAUGGUUGAGUGUGGAGGCAGGAUAA